AUUUCUUCCAUAAAUUCCCAGAGGAAAAUGGCAGCAGGAAAUCACUCCUCAGUGACUGAGUUCAUCCUUGCUGGGCUCACAGAACAGCCACGACUCCAGCUGCCCCUUUUCCUCCUCUUCCUAGGAAUCUAUGUGGUCACGGUGGUGGGGAACCUGGGCAUGAUCACACUGACUGGGCUCAGUUCUCACCUGCACACCCCCAUGUACUAUUUCCUCUGUAGCUUGUCCUUCAUUGACCUCGGUCAGUCCACUGUCAUUACCCCCAAAAUGCUGGUGAGCUUUGUGACAGAGAAGAAUACUAUCUCCUACCCAGCAUGUAUGACUCAACUCUUCUUCUUCCUUCUUUUUGUUAUAUCAGAAUGUCAUAUGUUGGCUGUAAUGGCAUAUGAUCGCUAUGCUGCCAUCUGUAACCCCUUGCUUUACAAUGUCACCAUGUCUUAUCAGCUCUGUUCUUGCAUGGUAGUUGGGAUUUAUAUCAUGGGCUUGACUGGUGCCACAGCUCACACAGGCUGCAUGCUAAGAGUGCUUUUCUGCAAGGCUAAUGUGAUCAACCAUUAUCUCCGUGAUCUUUUUCCUCUACUGGAGCUCUCCUGCUCCAGUACUUAGAUAAAAGAGGUGGUAGUUUUGUGUUUCAGUGCAUUUAAUAUCCUCACUCGAAUCCUGACCAUCUUCAGCUCCUACAUCUUCAUCAUCUCCAGCAUCCUCCACAUUCGUUCCACGGAGGGCAGGUCUAAAGCCUUCAGCACAUGCAGCUCCCACAUCUCAGCUGUCACUAUUUUCUAUGGAUCUGCAGCAUUCAUGCACCUGCAGCCAUCAUCAGUCAGCUCCAUGGAACAAGGGAAAGUGUCUUCUGUGUUUUAUACCAUUAUUGUGCCCAUGCUGAAUCCUCUGAUCUAUAGCCUGAAGAAUAACUAUGUCUAAAUUGCCUUUAAUAAAAUCCUUGAAAGAAUAAGUUCCCUAUGA